AUGCCGUUGGUGGAUUUUAUUGAGGAUGGACCUGAUACACUAAAGAUCUUACUAACGACAGAUAAUCAUGUGGGGUAUCUUGAAAAUGAUCCCAUUAGAGGCGAUGAUAGUUGGAAGACAUUUGACGAAAUAACGCGUUUGGCACGCGACCAUGACGUUGAUAUGAUCAUCCAAGGUGGUGAUCUAUUUCAUAUUAAUAAACCUACGAAAAAAUCAAUGUACCAUGUUAUGAAAUCACUAAGAGCCAAUUGUAUGGGGGAUAGACCUUGCGAGUUGGAAUUGUUGAGCGAGCCUGGAGAAACAAUGUCCAAUGGGUUUGAUGAGGUGAAUUACGAAGACCCGAAUUUAAAUAUUUCUGUGCCCGUGUUUGCAAUAAACGGGAACCACGAUGACGCUACCGGGGAAGGGAUGCUUUCGGCGUUGGACGUGUUGGCUGUGUCAGGACUUAUCAACUACUUUGGGAAAACCCGAGAUAAUAACCAUGAUACUUAUUUGGUGAAACCAAUCUUGUUGCAAAAGGGUAGUACAAAGUUUGCAUUGUAUGGAAUGUCCAACGUUCGUGAUGAAAAACUACACAGGCUGUUUCGAGAUGGCGAAGUUCGUUUCGAGAGACCAGGACUGCACACCGAUGAGUGGUUUAACUUUUUGGCAUUCCACCAGAACCAUGCCGUGCAUACUUUCAAAUCUAGUAUACCAGAAAAUUACUUGCCUCAUUUCCUUCACUUUAUAUUAUGGGGUCAUGAACACGAGUGCAUAGAUCACGCGGUUCAUAAUCCAGAAACGGGGUUUGAUGUCUUACAAGCAGGUUCUUCUGUCGCUACUUCGUUGGCAGAGGGUGAAGUUGCCGACAAGAAAGUCUUUGUAAUGCGCGUCAGGGGUAAAGAUUACACUUUGGAAGCGUUGCCUUUGGAAACAGUUCGACCGUUUGUUUUACGAGAAAUAGUGUUACUGAAGACAGAUUUAGUUCCUGGUGCUGCUUCGAAAGGUGACGUUAUUGCCUUUUUAACUUCUGAAGUAGAAAAAGCUAUUGAAAUAGCAAAUGUGGGAUAUAUGCAUAGCCAAGAAGCAAAGAAAAUGUCAUCAAAUACACUAGCUGCAUCAUCUGAAUCAGUUUCAUCGUUACCGCCUCUUCCGUUAAUAAGGCUUCGUGUCGAAUAUAGUGGUGGAUUCGAAAUAGAAAAUGUUAGGCGUUUUUCUAAUCAGUUUGUUGGUAGGAUUGCCAAUGCAAAUGACGUUGUGCUGUUUUACAAAAAAAGAGCACCAGUAGAGUCCAAUGAAUUGAUGCAAAAGACCAAGUUUAAUGCAGACUUGAUGGAGGAACGUUUGAACGAAAAAAAAACUACAGAAUUGGCAUUACAAGAUAUUGUGAGCGACUUUUUGAAGCAAACACAAUUGACAUUAGUUCCUGAGACUGGAUUGAAUGAAGCUGUGAGGAGAUUUGUGGAAAAUGAUGACAAAAAUAGUUUGUCGCAUUAUAUCAAUACCGAAAUUAAGAAAGAAACCAAAGUCCUUCUUGGAGUUGAUAUCGACAAUGAAGAGUUUCACUUAGGAAACGGAGGUGGUGUUGAUAGUAACGACAAACACUCCAAGAAUUUGCUCAAACAGAUUCUCAUGCACACUAAAAAGGGCAAUAUCUCGAAUUUUUCGUUUCCAGUACUGGAAGAUACCUCUUCUAGUGGAACAACAAAGAAACGUUCGACAGUCAAGACAAGUACCAUCAAUAGAAAGAAAAGCAAAGAAGUUAUUGACUCUGAUGAUUCAGAUGUUGAUGUCGACGUUGUUGAAGUAAAUACUUUACCAUCUCGUUCUUCGAGUCGAAGAAAAACAACCAAACAGACUACAUAUGCAGAAGACGAGAUGGAAAUUAUUAGUAGUGAGGAUGAAUAUUAUCCUGAACCUAGAGAGAAAUCUGCAAACACUGCUAGAGGUACUAGGGGUAAUAGAGGUACCAAAAGCCACAAUGGAUAUUCUGCGAGCACACAUUCUCGAUUAGCAAAUCGUAAGAAAUAA